UGUUCCUAUUUCAGAUAAUGACUCUGUUUCAAGCUACAUAUGUAAUUGAUGAACAUUAGCAGCAUCAGCAUUGCUUGGUAGAAUUGUUAACCAUAUACCCAAAUCCCUGACUUUGUGCAACUGUACAAAGUGUGCAAGAUGCUGGUUUGAUAUUGAUUUCAUUUAGAGUUUUCUUAUGUUCGUUUCCAAAAAUCCAAUUAUUAAAAUAUAUAUUUUUGAAAGCAUCCUUCAAAAAUAAAUGUUACAGCAAUUACUACAGAAUAGAACAAAACCUAAAUAAUUUAUUUUUGUUUUUUCUCACAAAUUUGCAAGAUUUAUUUGACAUCUGAACUAUUUCCAGGAUUGUGUCUUUGCCCCAAGGCUGCUGUAAUAACAAAGCUCUUGAGUUAUGGGUUUCUGUAAGAACUAAAACAAAUCUCAGCCUUCUCUUAUAGUAAAAUAAUCAGUACCAGUGAUGUAGUGCAGCCCAUUGCAAUGUUGUUUCCUUCCAUGUUUUUUUCUGUCUUAAAGUAAAAGUACAUGCUUUGGCAUUAUUCAGCAUUAAUAUUAUCUUGAGAUGUACAGCCUCACGACUCAACAUUCGACUGAUAAAGCACAUGCUAACGGUUCAUACAGUCUGGAAACUCUAGUGAUUCAGUUGUUCCUGAAGAAGCUUCAGCUGGUCGGAGUGUGUUCUUGCAGGAUUGGCGUGUGAUUUCUUUGAACAUGUGCGAUCAUAGAAACUCUACACUCUACCCUCGAGGUGUACGGUGUGUGCUGGCCAGGUUUAAAAAUAUCCAGACCAGCAUGUGCUUCAACUCGCUGCCAAAUAUCACAGAAGCUCAAAACGGCAUUGCUUCGGGAGUCUUGAACAUGUCUGAGCUUUUCCUGCCAUUUUUUUUUCUUGACUUUUUUACAAAUACCACACCUUUUUCAAGUGUGUGCUAUGCUUCACAACUCCUCAAGUUAAAGAUGCUCUCACAAAGCAAAUGUUGUUCUACUCCGGUGUUGUUUUGAUGGUCUUUAAGAAUUAUUUUGUCAUACACUGUCACUUCCUGUCAGAGGGACUACAGCUAGAGAAACAAUGGCGAAUCAUGUAAAUGUGUUGACGCUGGACACCAUGAACCCGAACGUGAAGAAGGUGGAGUAUGCAGUGCGCGGGCCUAUAGUGCAGAGAGCCGUGCAGAUCGAAAUGGAACUUCAACAGGGCAUGAAGAAGCCUUUCACUGAAGUGAUUAGGGCAAAUAUCGGAGACUGUCACGCCAUGGGUCAGAAACCCAUCACCUUUUUCAGACAGGUGUUGGCCAUCUGCUCUUAUCCCGAUCUUCUGGAUGAUGACAGAUUUCCAGAAGAUGUGAAAAGUCGAGCUCGACGGAUCCUUCAGGCCUGCAGUGGAGGGAGUUUGGGCUCCUACAGCGCCAGUCAGGGGAUUCAGCUCAUUCGACAGGAUGUGGCACGAUACAUUGAGAAGAGAGACGGAGGCAUCAAGAGCAAUCCAGACAACAUCUACCUCACUGCUGGUGCCAGUGACGGCAUAGUGACAAUGUUGAAGCUGCUGGUCUCAGGUGAAGGAUCUUCUCGGACUGGAGUGAUGAUCUCCAUCCCUCAGUACCCGCUGUACUCCGCCGCUCUGGCCGAGCUCGCCGCUGUGCAGAUUAAUUAUUAUCUGGACGAGGAAUCAUGCUGGAGUUUGGACAUCAGAGAGCUGCAGCGUGCUGUGGAGGAAGCCAAGAAACACUGCACACCUCGAGUCCUGUGUAUCAUCAACCCUGGAAACCCGACCGGUCAGGUGCAGAGUCGACGGUGUAUUGAAGAUGUAAUCCGAUUCGCCACGGAGGAAAAGCUGUUUCUAUUGGCUGACGAGGUUUAUCAGGACAACGUGUACGCAGAUGGCUGUGACUUUCACUCGUUUAAGAAGGUACUGUUUGAGAUGGGGCCGGAGUACUCUGAGAGACUGGAACUGGCCUCGUUUCAUUCCACAUCCAAGUGCUACAUGGGAGAGUGUGGGUUUCGCGGUGGCUACAUGGAGGUGGUGAAUUUGGACUCUGACGUCAAGGUUCAACUGACGAAGCUGGUGUCAGUGCGUCUGUGUCCACCUGUAACUGGACAGGCUUUACUGGACCUGGUGGUAAAUCCUCCUGAACCACAUGAACCCUCGUAUGACACCUUCAUCAAGGAACGCUCAUACACAUUGGCUGAAUUAGCUAAGAAAGCUAGCAUGACACAGCAGAUCCUUAAUCAGGUGCCAGGAAUCCAGUGUAAUCCAGUCCAGGGAGCCAUGUACACCUUCCCCCGCAUUCACAUUCCACCUAAAGCCAUCUCCAUAGCCCAGGAGAAAGGUCAGGCUCCGGAUAUGUUCUACUGCAUGAGACUGCUCGAGGAGAUGGGCAUCUGCCUCAUACCUGGAAGUGGAUUCGGGCAGAAAGAUGGAACAUACCAUUUCAGGAUGACGAUCCUUCCUCCAACUCAAAAGCUGAAAACUGUUUUGGAAAAGAUAAAAGAGUUUCAUCAGAGUUUCACACAGCAGUUUUCAUAAACUCAGAAACUCACAGUGAGAGGAUGCAGGACCACAUCAACGUAAAUCAAUCAUUUGAAUUCAAACCUGCUUUCUGGACUUCAACCCAGUCAGAGACCAGAGGGUUGGAGAUACCUGCUGAGUGUUCCUCAGGGAUGUGCUACUUUAAUCCACUUUGUGUUGGUUGUUAGUGUGUGCUGCAACAAUGAACUAACAUGCAGCACUGCUGACAUGUCAUGGCUUCAAUAGAGCGUGUUUAAUCUGGAGCUGAGCUGAUUUCACCUGAUACUUUGGCAAAUUGUUUUUAAAAUGUGAAAAAAAACUAUAUAUAUUUUCCAAUUAAAAAAUAAUGCUUUGA